GGAAGACCAUCUUCCACUUACUCAUUAACACUCCACCGGCGCCAUGUCCCCUAUCAUCGAACACCUCGUCCUCUUCAAAGUCUGCAACUCCGCCCACCCAUCAAAGAUCGACGCAAUGGUCUCCUCCCAGCGCUGCCUCUCCACCCUCGACUUCGUCCCCCACUUAGCCGCCGGCCCCAUCCACCGCCUCCGCUCCCCGGCAGCCGAUUUCACCCACCUCCUCCACAGCCGCUUCCGCUCCAAACCCGAUCUUGCCUCCUAUGCCAUCCACCCCUCCCACCUCGCGGUCGUCCACCAGAACGCUCCGGUCAUCGAAGAUGUCUUCGCCGUCGAUUGGGUCGCCGAUCUCGACGGAGACAUCGUGCCGUCGCCGGGAUCGGGGAUGCGGUUUCUGAUCGCGAAGCCGCGGGAGGGCAUUCCGGCGGCGGAGAUCGUGAAGGCCAUCGAUGGGGUUAGGACACUGAAGGUAAGCUGUGGGGUGAAUUUCUCGCAGGGUAGGGCGAAGGGGUAUGAUGUGUGUUUGCUUUUGGGGUUUCGGGGGGUGGAGGAGAUGGAUGGAAUGGAGGGGGAAGAGGAGAUUGAAGCGAUUAAGGAGAAAAUUAGGGAUUUGAUCGAUGGUGUUAUUGUGGUUGAUUUCGUGGUCCCUUCUUCAGGUCUUUAAUCGGAAAAAUCAUUGUGAUCUAUGAUUGGUGAUCUACUGGGCCCCAUCUAAAUUUUUUUUUAAAAAAAAAUUGAAAUAUAUCCUGACCGUAGAUCACCGUGAUCUACGAUCAGGAUCAGACACUGCAUGCAAUAGCCGUACGCAAUAAUUUCUUCUUUAAUCGGACCGUGCUUUAGGAGUAAAAUCGGCUUACGUACUUAGGCAGUGCGUACAUUAGGGGGAGUUUAUUCAUAAGAUAUUGGAGAGUUACGAG